UUCGUUCGAACGAACACGUCGAGCCAAAAAGAGGAGGGCGGCGGCGCUAGGGUUUGGGGGUUUGGAGCUCUCGCGGCGGCCAUUGGAGAGGGAGGGGGGAGGCGCAAACCCUAGCUGCCACCGUCCCUGAGGCCUCGCCAUGGAGGUGGACCCGCCGCCGCCUCCGCCGCCGCCGAUGGCGAACUACUUCGACCCGGAGUCGUCCGGCCGCCGGGAGGAGUACCGCCGCUACAGAAAGAGAUUAUCUUCUUCAAAUGCCUCUCCACUGUUGGGUACUGCGGUCUCCAAAUUUUCAGAAGCAAGGCUGUUCUGUGAUGGAAACAGCAUACAGAGGCGGCCCAAUGCUGGUCUACUCCUUGAAGAUAUCAAGCAGGAGGCUGCUGAUAUUUCUGAUUUUGAUAGCCUGGAUGAAUCUAAGCUGUUUGGAUCAGGAAAAAAAAGGGCAUCAUUGGAUGCCUCAGAUGCAGGUUUCAGUUCAGGUAGGCAGGCAGUGCGGUCGGCAUUGAAAUCAGUCAAACUGGAGGAGGAUAUGCCACAUGAAGGAGAAACAACUUCUACAAUUUUUGCAUCCCUCCUUGAUUCUGCAAUCCAAGGAUUGAUGCCCUUCUCGGAUGUGAUUUUACAAUUUGAGAGGACAUGUCGAAAUGCUUCAGAGUCGAUAAGGUCCGCUGGGACAGGAAAGCUUCGGAUGGUGGAGGAUAGACUUAUGCAGCAAAAAGCGCAAUUGUUACUGGAUGAGGCUGCUUCUUGGUCACUUCUUUGGUACCUCUAUGGGAAAGGAAAUGAGGAGCUUCCUGGAGAGCUAUUUGUGGCACCGACUACUUCCCAUCAAGAAGCUUGCCGCUUUGUUGUAACAGACCUUACGGCACAGUUAUGUCUACGGAUUGUACUUUGGCUUGAGGGUCUUGCUUCUGAAGCUCUUGAUUUGGAGAAAAAGGUGAGAGGAUCUCAUGUUGGUUCAUACCUACCAAGUUCUGGUGUUUGGCAUCGUACACAAAGGUACAUAAAGAGAAAGAACAAUGAUACUACUAUAGUGAAGCAUGUGGAUUUUGAUGCUCCAACUCGUGAAGGAGCCCAACUUCUUCCUGAUGACAAGAAGCAAGAUGAAUUGCUUUUAGAGGAUAUCUGGACUCUCUUGAGAGCAGGAAGGUUAGAAGAGGCAUCUGAACUGUGUCGGUCUGCUGGUCAGUCAUGGAGAGCUGCAACUCUUUGCCCCUUUGGUGGCAUAGAUUUGUUUCCUUCCUUGGAGGCCAUGCUGAAGAAUGGAAAGUCUAGAACACUGCAAGCGAUUGAAUUGGAAAGUGGUGUUGGACGGCAGUUAUGUCUUUGGAAAUGGGCUUCAUAUUGUGCUUCAGAGAAAAUUGCUGAACAAGAUGGUGGCCGAUAUGAGAUGGCAGUAUAUGCUUUACAAUGCAGUAACUUAAAGCGUAUCUUGCCGAUCUGUACUGACUGGGAGUCAGCUUGUUGGGCAAUGACAAAAUCCUGGUUAGGUGUUCAAGUGGAUCUAGUAUUGUCUCAGUACCAAACCAGUAGACCAGAAGAGAAACAGUUUGAUGACGAGAUGAAUGGAACCCAACCUAUGUUGAACUCAGCUGGCCCAGAAAGUUGGCCACACAGUGUUCUUGAUCAGCAACCCCGUGAUAUAUCUGCGCUUCUGCAGAAACUCCACUCGAGCGACCUUGUCCAUGAAACUGUUUCUCGAGCAUGCCGGGAGCAGCAUAGACAAAUCGAGAUGAAUCUCAUGAGUGGAAAUAUAGCUCAUCUUCUUGAUCUUUUAUGGUCAUGGGUGUCACCGUCUGAAGACGACCAAAACAUAUUGAGGCCCCGUGAUGACCCUGAUAUGAUACGCUUCGGAGCACAUAUUGUUCUUGUUCUGAGAUACCUUUUCAGCGACGAAAUGGAAGAUGAGUUUGAGGAAAAGCUAGUUGCUGUUGGUGAUCUCAUCAUCAACAUGUAUGUGAGGUACUUGUUUUCAGAGCAGCAAGAGGAAUUGGUUGGAGUAUAUGCUUCUCAGCUUGAGCGUGACCUUUGCAUUGAGUUGUUUGUUGAAAUGAUGGAACUAAGAUUAAAUAGCAGCUUGCAUACCAUGUUCAAGCUCUUCCUGUCUGCUGUGGAGUAUUUGCCAUUCUCAUCUGGAGAUGCAUCCAAGGCUUCUCUUGAAGAGAUCAUUGAGAGGGUUCUUUCAAGAUCCCGCGAACCGAAACCCAUUAAGUAUGACGAAGAUAUUUUUGAUGUUGCGGAAAUGCAUCACUUACAAGCACUCCAGAAAGCAACGGUCAUUCAGUGGCUUUGCUUCACACCGCCAUCCUCGAUUCCAGAUUUUCAGAUGAUCAGUGGAAAGCUUCUGAUACGGGCACUGAUGCACAGCAACACACUAUUCAGAGAGUUUUCCCUGAUAUCAAUGAGGAGAGUUCCUGAGCUACCAGUAGGACCACACAAGUUGCUUGCCAUCCUGGCUGAACCAUUGAAACAAAAAGAAAAUUUAAUUUCACUCGAAGAUCCUGAGGUAUCUGAUAAUUUACGGGAGUUUGAAGAUUGGCAUGAAUAUUACUCCCUGGAUGCUACUUACCGGAGUUGGCUUAAAUUUGAGAUGGAGAAUGCGUCUAUUUCUCCUGAAAUGCUUUCAGCAGAAGAAAAGAGUCAAGCUGUUGCUGCAGCGAAAGAAACGCUGGAGUUAGCAUUCUUAUUAUUAUACAGGGAAGAUAUUCCAUGGUUAAAUGCUGUCGAGAGUAGUCCAAUCGAGCCCUCAGAACAUGUUUUUCUUGAGUUACAUGCAACUGCAAUACUCUGCCUACCUUCUGGGGAGUGCAUGCUGCCAGAUGCAACAUCAUGCACAGCUUUGACAAGUGCAUUGUACUCUACUGUUAGUGAAACGGAAGUGUUGCAUCGUCAAUUGAAGGUGGAUGUGAAUGUUUCAUCUAAAGAUCCUUGCUGUAUUCAAGUUUCUCUCCUCUGCCUAGCAGUAGAAGGUGAUGGUUUGGGGCUUCAUGAAGCCAAUGAUGGAGGUCUUCUUGCUGCAAUUAUGGCUGCUGGGUUCAAAGGUGAACUCAAUCGAUUUCAACCUGGAGUUUCAAUUGAAAUAUCACGGCUUGAUGCUUGGUAUUCUGAUGGUCAUGGUUCAGUAGAAAGCACUGCUGCAUACAUAAUUCGUGGGCUUUGUCGUAGAUGCUGCCUGCCAGAAACUAUUCUACGAUCUAUGCAGGCAUCCAUCGCUCUAUCUGAAGCAGGUGAUUCUCUAGAUCAUUGUGAUAAGCUCAUUGAGUUGGUUGCUUCAUCGGAAUCUGGAAUAAUGCAUUUGUUCAGCCAACAGCAGUUGCAGGAAUUCCUGCUUUUUGAGAGAGAAUGCUACCUAUCUAAAAUGGAGCUUGAGGAAGAGCAGUUAGAGCAGUUACCUGCUGAUGGCUAAAAGGAUGUGUAUACCUGUGAUGGGUGUAUCCACCAGCUGUCCAAAUCUAGUUUGCAAACAUGGCGUACCCCACCGUGUGGUUAGGUAUCACUUGUAAUCCAUUCACGAAAGAAAUAGAAAGUACCAGCUGUAAGUAACUGUGUUGUUCAUGCUCCAUCAGAAGAGUUGAAAACAAAUGUAAAAAGGUUAUCUGGUUGUCAAACUCAAUAUCUAUUGAUCUCAGCCUUUUAUUUUCA